ACUUGCAACUUGAAGUCAAAGAGGAGUUUGUUUUGGAAUCGUUUUACAAUCGAAUCACCUUCAAUAUACUCAGAAUAAACGAGAAUGUACAGCCAACGAUUUUCAUUUCUUCGUGAACUCUGCUCCAAGAGUUCUGGAGAAGACAGCAGGAUAAACACCGCUUGGAAAAUCACAAAGAUUGCUGCUUGGACAUCACUAGUUGUUGGUGGGGCAUUUAUUACAAGCCAAGUCUACAGUUUGAGGGAUGCCUUUAGACACCGGACCAAUGCUGUAAACAAUGAGAACAGACCUUCCUCCUACAUCUACCCACCUACCUCACUGCCAGCUCAAACACAAGAAACACAAGAUAUUGCAACGGUGGAAGGUGGCAAAUUUGAACCAUCUGCAAAGGUGCCAAGCAUUCCAUUCCCAAAUCUUCAAGUCAGCAACAACAUUUUUACCAGCUGGCUGCCCUGGGUCCCCUCCCCCCUGGCACGCCCCAAGAUGCAUCAGAGACCAGAUGAUCCCUGGAGAUUCCUGAAGGCUGCCCAAUCUGAACACCGAGCCACCAGGCUGGAGGGAGUGGAGAAACUAGCAUCUAUCAAGCAUUGGAGUGAUUCCGAUUACCGGGCAGUUGCACAGGCUCUCGAUAACCGAACCCUGAUUGGUCUGGCGAGGUCACAUGAUCCAGACUCCAGAUUUUUCUUACCACCACCCUCUCCACCCAAAACAGGUGGCCUGCUUGAAGAUGAACUGAGGUCAUUGUUAAGCUCCUUACCUCGAGAUGGGAUUGACAAAUGCACACUGCACUUCACAUCGAAGGCCAUGCAACAUGGCAGAGCAGCAUUUGCUGAAGACAGGGGAGGAUUGUGGUGUUUUGGAGGAAAUGGCCUGUCCUUUGCACAAAGUCUCAGCAAUGUGCCUGAAGAGAAAGUCUUGUCCUUCUGUCUUCAGGCAUUGGUCAAACACUCAAAGGUACCAUCCCACUGCUCAGACAUUGUGAGGCUGGGAGGCUUGCAGCUGCUGCAGAGAGCUUACAGGUCCAGCAGCCAUUCUGCUCAGAAGAUCCUCCGCAACAUUGUACGAGUCAUAGGCAACCUGGCUGUGCACGAACAACUGCACCGACAAAUCAUACAAGCUGGGUGGGUGACUAUUCUAUCAUCUCUGAUGAAGAGUGAUCACAUCUCCCUGGUCACCCAUGCUGCUCGAGCAUUAGCCAAUUUGGACAGAGACACCUGCAGUCCUGAGAAGUACCAAGAUGGGGUUUAUCUGUUUCACCCUCAGGACAGGUCAAGAGAAGCUAUCCGAGCAGACAUUGUCUUUGUGCAUGGUCUGUUGGGUGGAGCCAUUAAAACAUGGCGGCAACAGGACAAUGCAGACGACCACCCAGAGAUGGAGAACCACACCCACUCAGAGAUGGAGAACCACACCCACCCAGAGGAAGGGGAGGAGUACACAGAGUGCUGGCCUAAGAGCUGGUUAGCGAAGGACUGCCCCAACCUGCGGAUCCUGUCGGUGGAGUAUGACACCCACCUGAGUGACUGGCAGCCCAUCUGCCCUGUGGAACAGGAAAAGCGUUCCCUAGCCAACCGCAGCAGGGAGAUUCUGGAAAAGUUGAAGGCCGCUGGUGUAGGAACCAGGCCCAUCAUCUGGGUUACACACUCCAUGGGGGGACUGUUGGUGAAGAAGAUGCUGACGGAUUCCCUGCAGGACAGCAGUUUUGGUGACCUUGCUGAUAACACCAAGGGCAUCCUGUUCUACAGCACCCCCCACUUUGGCUCCAGCCUGGCUGCCUACUCCACACAAGUGCGCUACCUGCUCUUCCCAUCUGUGGAGGUGCGAGAACUCAGCCAUGACAAUGCUACCCUGAAGAAACUACAUGAGGACUUCACAGUCUUUGUGGACACGAAGCAGGUGGACAUCCUGACCCUGGCAGAGACUGUGCCUACAAACAUCGCCCAGGGAACAACCAUUAAGACACUCAUUGUGCCUCUCAAGUCUGCAAAUCCAGGUUUUGGAGAGUUCCACCAGGUGGAUGUGAACCAUCUAAAUGUGUGCAAACCAGAGAACAAAGACUCUAUCCUGUAUGAGCUGACACUGCAGUUCAUCCAGAGGAACGUGCCCAAGUCCACCCUGGCAGAGAAGCUGGAGAGACAGAUGGAGGAGAUCAUGGACAACGAGUACAUCUGGAGACACAUGCAGUUCUUGAAGUCAGAUCGAUGAGUGGUAUACAGUGGAACCUGUUCUGAACAUACAGGUGUGUACAGUGUCAUAGGACUUAACAAAGGACAGGUCAGAUGUUUUAGGCAUGCACAUGGGUCACUGUAGAGGUGACCUAAGAAAGUUUGGUGCUAGUGUCUAAAGAGAUUGGUGCCGGUAAUGCUGCUAUGGUAAUUGUCCCAUAUAUUUAUGGCCAAACCAACUUUACUCUUCAAGUGAGCUGAUGAAGAUACUUUUCAUAUACAUUUAUAAGACAAUGACUUGCAAAACUGAAUUUAGAGCAUGCACUCUACAAAAAAUGAAAUGAGUAAACAGUCAAACUUAAUCUCCAGGCAGAUCUACCAGUGGCCAAGUUUACUUGGCCAAGGGGUGGCUCAGAACACUCUUUGGCCAGCUAAACUCUUUAUGCCACUGGUAGAUCUGCCUGGAGGUUAAGUCAAACUGUGUCACUUGAGUCGAAUUGUUCAAAAUACCUGAGUUACAGUUAUAUUCAUGUAUGGUUACUGGAUGAGAAGCAAUGGAUAAUUGUGGCAACUUUGCAUAAGUGCUUGUGCUUUUUCAAAAUACAUUUUUCUUUGAUUACAAGGUAUGAUAGCAGCUGCAAUGCAUUAUAAACAGUUUUUAUAUAUUUUUUAUCAAAGAUGCAAUGGUUUUAGAGAACAAGAGAGUGAACAUUUUAAACAGUCAACUUAAAUCUACAUUUUGUAGUUACUUUAAAAUUUUGCUUUGUGUGCAAUUUGUAUAUUUCAUUGCUUUACUUUGCUUUCAAUAAUUGAUUUGUUAUUAGACUUAAUAAGUCGAGAGCUACUUUUCUAAACUCUUUUUUGCAUGAAUAUAUUCUGGCUAAUUUUGAAUUUUCAUUUUGCAACAUGUAUACACUGGUUAUCAAAUUCCUGGCUUCAUAAAGACGUGAGGCAAUCCUUUUAAGUUAGCUUCUAAAGAACUUGGCAUAGUUCCAACGGAUAUCAUAUAUUUAUGGGUUUUCAAGAAUAUUCUGGAGAGAGGUGAAGAUGGUUUGUCACCCUACCAACAUGACAUUUGGGGAUUACAUUGACUACCUAACAAUUCCUGGUCCAGAACCCACUUUCUAAAAUAACAUUUGAAAUAACCCCCAAAACUCUUUUUACCUCAGAUGUGUCUUCAAGAGUUUGCCAUGAGAACAGGGUUUAUAAGCAUGAUAUUUCCUUUCCAGAGAGUUAUUGAAAGUUUUAUAUUUGUGAAGAAAUGGAUCAGGAAUGUUGUAACUUGUACAGAUGUUUCUGUAGUUAGCGAUAUUUUACUGAAUUUGAAAACAAUAUUUGAGCAGAGUUUAUCCAUAUUCUAUGACCAAAUAAAGCAAAGAUGUUAUCAA